GCACAUUUUUCGCCUCAAAUCCCCGCUGUGCCUCCGACGAGCUUCACAGUGUGGCGGGUUUAUGUGUACAAGCGAGACCUCUUCCAGCUGCCGAGACAUCUCAGGCCUCCCCUUUUCUCGGACCCGGAGUGUCCUGUGUGCUCUGGCCGUGGUUGAGUAGGUCGAGGAAUCAGUAGGACUUUUCUGCGAGUCUCCUCGUUCUCCUCAUUCGUUUUCUACGUUCCUCAUCCCUCUCCGUCUGCACCAUGAGAUUCCUUUCCCUCUCUGGGGUCGAUGAGCUUGUGUCUCUUCAUAGUGUUCGCUUCUUUUCAGGAGCUGUGGAUCUCUGCCGGAGAGUGGGGUGGACGACUGAGAACGCCCAGACUCUUUAAGUCUCGCCAGACUCCUCGUCUUCACCCUUCCCUUUUUCCCUGAAGUGGACUCCGAUUCGAGAUGCAGAGUUCGACCUCUCCCUUCCGGGGAGAACAUGAGUGUUUCCGAUAUUUCUGCUCCUUCUCCACUCUCCAAUCCGCCACCGAGUCUGACGUCUGAGCUCCCGUGACUCUGGCGUUCGUCCUGCCCGCUCUGCACUUGGAGGUCGCCGGCUGUGAGAGGAAUCUUUGCGCAAGAAGAUCUCGAGGCGAGUCCACCGGUCCGGCGUCCGCUUCUCCUUCUCGGUGGUCGCGGCUCUCGCCUGUCACAGGUUCUCCUCUGGAGCUUGCCUGCCCUCAGGAGGCUUCUGUGGGCUGUCUGUGCCUUCUGCGUGGAACCGCGUCAUCCGGAGGACACUGCUUCUCUUUUCCGGCGAGGGCUCUCCAGCGUCCCUCUGAGAGCAGCCGCCGGCGCCGGCCGAGCUUCUGACCGACCAUGGCAGGUUCUCUUUGCGCUGUGUGAAGAAGCUUUCCAAGAUGGGUCAGUGUGGAGCAAAGCAGAACGGUCGCAGCCGAGCCUCGGGGAUCUUCCGCGGCUCUCGCGUCUCUUCCAACUCUUUGCAGGGCUUCCCGGUCGAGGCAGGCGACCGCCAACAUGCCUGUCUCUUGCCUCUGCCGCCCCCCGUGCUGCACCACCUCACGGUCUCUCUCUGGUCGUGUCUGCUCUUCAACGGGAGCGGGGCGCACAGGCGCAUGCACUGGAGUGUCGAGUUCGACGAGCCACUCGCGCCGCGGCUUUUCAGUGAGGAGGCCGAAGCGGACUGGGAGCUUCUUCGCAGAGAGCUGAGUCCUCUUUCGCAAGCUGAGCGCGUGAAGCGACUUCCGGAACUUCCGACGCUCGCGUGGUUCUCCCUGUUCCUCUACUACGAGUUCUCUGCGUCGACGCUCCUGCACGCUCUCGCAGAGACGUUGGCGGCCGACGGCGGAGGCGCUCUUCCGCAUACAGGAGGCGAGAGAGGCUCCGAUGGCUACGGGCCUCGCAGAAGACCUCGAAGCCGCGGAGGCCGCGGAGACAGAGAACCGUAUUGUAGGGACUGGAGCGAAGAGCCAGGUGGAGGCGACAAGCGAAACCGCAUUGACGCAUGCGUGGAGGAACGCAUUGCGGACCUGUCUCGCGCAGACAUCCCUUCCUUUCCCGAAACACUGGGCAGGACCGCUGGUGACAGUUUCCUCGCGCGGCAGGCGUCUUCCGACUGCAAGUGCACGCGCGAGGAACUCCGUGAACGGGAACAGAGAGGCGAGGCACUGGCAGAUCAAUCUCGAGAGCGACAGACGCAGCGUGUCGUGGACGCCUUCUGUCAGUGGUCGAGGGUCAUGUAUCGCACCUACCUGCUUUCGCAGAAUCUCUCGUGGCUGACCGGAAUCGUGGCGCAUGCCCUGACGACGCCCCAGCUGCGGAGGCUCCUCGCCCUCGCCCUGUACAAGUACUACACUGAGGAGCGGCCGCUUCUCGGUUUCAAACGUCCGCGCAUGCAUGCCAAGGUCGACGAGAAAGCGAGAGAGGCGCUGAGUCGAAUCGUGGUGGAACAACUCGACUCGGAGCCCGAAGACACUCCCACGAACAGCCACUCAAAACUGAAAAAGGACUCUAGAGUCGAGCGAGACUGCGGUGAUGUAUCCGGAUACGGUGGCCUCGAGCGCGUGGCGAACACCGUGAAGGAGUAUGUAGAGGGUGGACGCAUCGACUCAGACGCGCUGCACCUGGACGUCCUCGACUGGGCUGUCACUGGCUUCGAAUACAAAGGCGUGGUCUUCGUCCUGGUGCACGAUCAAGACUUCUGGUCAGCUAUACGCACCGAGGUGCGCUGCUGCCAGGUGGUCCGCGCUGCGUCGAGCCCGGCAAAUGUCCGCCUGACCUCCCAGUGUGGGCGUCUCUGCGCCGUCGAGGGAUUCGGCUUGAGAGUUCUCGCUUCGCCACUCGUCCCUCAUUGCGUCGAGCCCAUCGAGGAGCCUCUGCCCUUCACCGUCGCACGGGAUCUGCUCCUGCAGGCGGUCCCCUCGGCGACCUCCGGGCCGCCUGUCGAACGCGUCCUGCGCGUGCCGAAUCCGCAAAACCUCCUUAGUUUGUAUGCUCCACGAUUUCAGGCGCGGGCGUCGGACUCCAGCGCGUACGCUGCCGUCACGGACAAGGUGAUGUCUCUAGGGCCUCCGCAUGCGUGGUGGUACUUUGCCCACUUGGUGGCUGAGGCGUCGCCUAUUCGCCGCCGCUGGAGGCGUUUCUCGACAUCGCGGCUCCCCUCGCAGGGCAACACCUCACACGCUGAGAGCCGUGCUCCGGGGACUUCCACCGAGGAAGCCUGUCCCCUCGACAGUCGCGCGGGGCGAGAGAUGCGCAGGCGUCUGUUGCAGGUGCUCGCGGCGUGUCUCCACGACGCGCGUGAGGGGAUCUCUCGCAGAUUUCUCUACGAUUCCUGGGUCGUUCAUCAGGCGAUCCCGACGCCACAAACCGGCGAGCUCGGCCGCCUACUCCGGGCGCGACCUGCCGCGAGGAGACGCACCGAACGCGAGAUGCCCCGGGCGCUUCAGCGAGAAGGGGAACCAGCGAGCGAACAAGAAAGAGAGCAAGGAGUGGGAGGUUCGCUGUUCAACGCCACGACGCUGGGGACCGAAAGACGUGGCACCGAGGCGCCGACCUUCGUGAAGGAAUAUGAUCCGCGGCCCACGGAGGGUGAGAGCCUCUCGAAUCUUCCGGCGUUUGCGCUCAUUUUCGAUGGAACCUCUUGGACUCGACCAACCGUCGUGCAGCUCAAGAACGGAGACAUUGAGGCCGUCCUCAACCGUGCAGCGACACUCUUUGGCUGCACCCGAAGCGACCUGCUGCCCUACCAGCCUCUCGGCGAGACCAUAGGCGAAGAGCAGAGCGAAUUCGCGUGGGCCUUUGGUCGCAAGUGCUCGAUUUGGACUUUAGCGAAGGGUCCGAAAACGGGGUGCGAACCUCCUUUUCGAGCCCCGGCGCCGAAGGUUGGCACGGCGCGCGACUACUUCCAAGUGGACACGAUUGAGCGCGUGUACCCUUCCCUGGAGCCUUGUUCUCCUGCAUCCCGGAGUUGUCUCCGAAUGUGUCUGCCAUGGUCUAGCUCGCAAUUCGUGAUCUCGCUGGCGCCGCGAGCGCGGCCGAUCCGCCCGGAAACGUACCUUCUCUUUCCCCUGCUGCAGAGGCCGCAGGCAGGCGCGAGGCGAGCACGCGGAGGGUCUUCGGAGACCGGGGGGCGGCGCGCGCCGGACGUUCAACUGCAUGCGCCGAGCGUCUACCGUCGCGUCCUCGCGCUGCUGCGACGGCUUCCAUUUCUCCGACACGGCGGGCACCUGCGGAAAAUCCUUCACCACUUCGGAGUCAACGUCGGCGUCGCUCUCUGGGUCCUCUGGAGUGAGGUUGAACUGCGCGUCCAUGAGACGGAGACUCUCGGAGACCUGCCCGCGAGGGGAACAUGGCGCUCGAGCGUGGAGGCCGCGCGGCUGCGGUAUCGCGGCGACCAGCUUGUGCGCGAACUGAUCGCAUGCGAAAUCGUCGCCACUGCUGUCAAACGGGUCGUCCGAAUGUUCACCAGUGAACUUCCUGACAGGCCUCUGCCUUUCGUCUACGCCCUCGAGGCUCUCCUCCCGGUUCUGUUUCGCCCUGAGGUGUGGUGGCGACAGGUCGACAAACUGCUUCCAAAUGAACGUCGGAAUACUCGGCACCACGAGAGCUGCCUGAUGGUGGCUGUGUGGCUCUCUGUCCUUGAAGCGUCGCAAGUCGUGGCCAUGCGACCUUGGCAGCUCGUCGCGGCGUUCAACUCCGUCCUCCAAACGGCUCGGAGUGUGCCGACGACGUUGGCGCAUUGUUUGAUGCAUGCGUUGAACGUGGAGUUCUCACCUUCGUUUCUUUACGUCAUUUCGACGGUUCCGGAGGCGUCCGCGGCCGAGUGGUUUAACCGGGUGCACGCAGUUGUCCUGCGAGAGCGCGCCUCGGCUGCGAGUCCAAGCGCUGUGAAGGAACGCGGUUCUCAGGGGCAACUGCAUGCAGAGCGCCAGCUGGAAAAGGCGCCAAACGACGACACCUGUGUUGAGGAACACGGGGAACCGGGCGCGGCGGAAAAGGCAGACGUGGAAGACGACGCGAGAGGCGAGAUAGAAGGCGACGUGCAUGCGCGGGAGCUCGUCGAAGCGGCCGAGGAAAGUGCGGUGUCGCCCGCCAACGCGUCGCUCUUCUCGCGUGACGAAGACGCGCUGCUGGACGAACUGGAAGCAGGAGAUGAGGAUUCAGAAGAGCAAAGAGAACGCGUCACAACCUAUGUACACGCCUUGGACGUUGCGGCGAAGCGUCUCCUCUCGCUGGAUGUGAAGGACUUGUACCAAGUCGCGUCGAUGCUGGUGCGCGCCCACAUCAACCCUCUCGAGUUGUUGCCCACAGAGGAAGUGAUCGCCACCGAGCUGUUCGUACUUCAGGGCGUCCAAGAGCACCUGGCAUCACUGCAUGGCGAAGCCGGGAGGCCUCCCUUUGGCUUUGCCCAGCGUUUCUACCGGGCACUCCCCACACGCGCUGCUGUCUCAUUCUCUUCCUCCACUGUUCGUCUGCGGUCGAUCUUAUCUUCUUCACACACUCUCACUCCGCCGCUCCAUUCGCUUUCUCCCUCGGCUGCUCGCUCGUCGCUUCCCCGUUCUGCUGCCUCCCCUUCUCUUCCCCCUUCGCCUUCGCCAUCUCUUCCUCCUUCGCCUUCGCCCUCCGUUCCUGCUUCGUCGCUUCCUCGUUCUUCUGCGUUUUCUUCUUCUCUCCCUGCCUCGUGUUCGCCUCGACUGUUGUCUGCUUCGUCAGCCGCGGCGUCGUUCUCUCGUGCCUCUUCGCGUUCUCCGCAUCCGUCGGUUGUGCAGGAUUCGGACGCCGAGCGACGCUUGGCUCCUUCGCCGACGCGGCUGGAGUCCUUCGUCGAACGUUUGCUGCGGAGUAACAUUUCGUACGCUCACGACUCGGCACUUGCGCACUCCCGUCUCCUUGUUUUUCGGCGAGACCUCGAACGCGAGGCGCGCGCGAGUCAGCGAGAGUCGACGCGCUUCCUUCCUCUUCCCGCGAGGCUGAAGUCUUCAUGCUUCGCCGCCAGUCGCCGCUUCUCUCUCCUGCGCUCCUCCAACAGCGGCUUGACUGCACGCCCGGGCGCGGGGGAGACAGAGCCCAACUCUCAGAGACGUCGGGGAGAGCGAGAAGAGGGAAGUGAGGGAGAAGAGACUCUUGGAGGCGCGAGCGCUGGAGACGCGACAGAGAAAAACGGUUUCCCGGAGGUUCUCGAGACUGUGCUGCAAGGCAAGGAGGUCGAGAAACAGAUGAGGCAGCAGAGGGGGAGAAGGGCAGAAGACGCGUUUGAAAGGAAGCACGGAGGAUACGAAGGAGAAGGAGAAGACACGCUAGAGGAAGAGACAGUGUUUGCGAAGAGAAUCCGAGAACGUCUGAGUGGAGAGACAGACGCGGAAUUAGGUGCAUACUUGACGCCCGCGCAACUUGGAAUGCUCGACGGAUGCAGCCUCUUGCAUUCUCUCAGUGAAGCGGGGACCAGUUCCAGGAUUCGAACGUUUUGCGCAGGGCACACGCUGGUGACCUGGACGCUGGUUUUGAUUUCUCAGGUGAGUCUGGAUGAGGAGGGUCGCCGCCGCCUGGCUAGACGGUGCGCGCGCGAGGUGGCGUCGAUGGAGUCGGCUUAUCUUCGGUCGGUCUUUGCGCCGGAGAUCGAGAUCGUGAUUUCACUUCUAACGCUGCGAGGCCUCGUGGCUCUCUGGAGUGGCGGGCUCGGCUCCGCGAAGGAGCUUUUCCUCGAGGCCGUGCUUCGACUCUUCGACGCUUGGGGCGACCCGCGCCUUUACGGUGGCCGAGGGCACCCUUUCCUCCUCUUUCUCUGCUGGUUGUUGACUCUCUUCGCUUCUCUCCAGGGAGACGCGUCGCGCCUCUGCGCCUUCGCGUCCAUCUUCCGCGCUGCGCGGCUCUUCUAUCCCGCCUGUCCCCUCGCCGUCGGCCCGCCGCGCUUCGGCCCUGUCGGACUCCAAACGCGACACGGCCGCGCUGUUCUCUCUGACGGACAGUGCACGACGAAGUCCGCGCCUCGCCCGGGUGCUCCUGGGGGCCACAACGCGUUGUGGGGUCGCGCCGCGGAAGACUCGCGAGGUGUGGAAGAGACGGGAGAGUCGCAGAAUGUCAAUGAGGCGAUGGCGAAACCUGGGCAGGCGGAGGGGGGAGACAACGCGGUUUUUGAGCAGUUUGUGAGGGAGAUAAUUCUGGACAAGUUCGCCUUGGUAGGGAACGAGCUGGAGGCGUGGAUCCUGGCCAAUCACCCGGCAAACGCAAUCACGUUCAACCAGACUGUUGACAUUCGCUGGAAUCCUCUCGAAAAUGCUCACGAAGCCUCCCGACAAGUAUCUGGCGUUCAAGACGCACUCGCCACAGAUGCACCUCUCAUGCACGGAGUCGACGCGGGGGUUAUCCACUUUGACAGCGGCGGGCGCGUCCCCAAGGCUGCUCUCGCCGGACGCGUGCUCGCGUUUGGGUCGAACGUCGCGGGUCAGUUGGGCCUCGGCCUCCCUACAGCGCCGGCGUCUCCGCGAGUCGCUCCCGCCUCUGAAAGACGAGGAGAAAGCGAGCCAAGCUCUGCAGGAGAGCGAGCAGACGCUGUCUCCGAAAGCGACGCGCGAGCCUUCGACGAAGCCGCUGAGCGAGGCGUUGACGUCUGGUGGACUCCGCAACCGUCGGUUGUGCAUGCCUUGAAAGAUGCACACGUGACGGCGAGUGCAUGCGGCUUCUACCACAGCGCCGCCGUCGACAUCGCGGGAGGUCUUUGGACUUGGGGCUCCAACGCAGAAGGCCAGAUCGGCGCACAGUUUCACCACUUUGCAGAUGUGCCUCGCGGCAAUGGCGCAGGCCCCGCCGUGUCGUGGACGUCUGUUGCAGCGGAAUCUCCAGACUGGUCCGAUUUCGACAACCCCCGCCACUUCGCGCUCUUCACGCAGGAGAACGUCUCGCCUGUCUCUGCUCUCACCCCCCGAAAGGGCGCGGAGACCCCCCACACCGGCGGAGCCUCCAGCGCUUCCGCGAAGGAGGACGAAGACUUGAAGACGAGAAGGCCUUCGGGCGUCACGUUUUUUGGCGACUUGGAUCGCGAGGCACAGGACCGGCGCGAGCCGGAAGAAGGCGCGAGAAGGCAUUCUUUGCAAUUCCACAACCUCUCAGAGGGCGCAAAACGCUACGCCGUCACGGCUUCCCUCCCCACGCCCGUCGCAAUUUCCUCUGCACCCGCGACGCGCUUCACCCAGGUCGCUUGCGGACGCGACUUCACCGUCGCGUUGACAACCGACGGACUCCUUUUUUCCUGGGGUUCCAACCGUUUCGGGUGUCUCGGCACCUCGGACUUCUGCUCGCGAUCGACACCUGAGGCAGUCGACAUGAGCGAGUUUUCUGUCGCUGUUGCGCGACCCUCUGCUUCAAUCACUGUCGAGUUUGCGCGGCCAAAGAUCACGGAGAUUCGCUGUGGCCCGGCGCAGUGUGCGGCUUUGAGUGACGAACAGGGUCUCUGGGUGUGGGGACGUGGCGCCUCCGGGGAGUUAGGCCUCUCUCCAGCGUACCUGGCGAUGUUGUGGCGCAGGCCUGCACCCUCUGCGUUGGGCUCCACGUCCGCUGUCGCGGCGCCCGACCGCUGGCUGGACGCGCUCGACGCGGGAGCUGUGGAGCACGCGUUUGACAGUGCGGGAGACGGCGAGAAAAACGAGACUUUCGCUGAGUGGCGGGUGGACAGCGGCGCUCGCGGGGAGAAGCAGAGAGGCCAGGAAACACACGCAGAACACGAAAAACUCUUCCAAAAGUUGCAGACCUCUGCCGUGAGAGACGGCUGCGUCGCCACUCCCACGCGACUUCGCAUGCUGCAGUUCUGCGACUUGGCGCACUUCCAAGCGAAGAUGGAAGAGUGGAAUCUCUGGACAGAGUGGAGACAAGCCUUUUCUCUCGUGACUCUCCGACGCACCGCACCACGAGAGACCCUGAUCGCUGCCAUCCCAGACGACCUUCUUCACGACCUACCGACAACCUCUGAAGAAGUCCUCGUCUCCGAUAUCGCCUUCGGGAACGCGCACACAGUCUGCUUAGACAUUUCCAGCAACCUCCUGACUUGGGGCCAUGGCGGAGAGGGUCAGCUCGCCGUCGAGAGUGCAUGCAAUGGUCAGAUACUGCAUGCGCAGCCUGCGCCGUCUGAGGCGGGACUGCGUGCGGUGCACGAGCAUGCAGUCGUGCGCCCGCGGACUCUCGGCAGAGGUCUGGAGAAGGCUGAGGAGACGGGUGCGAAAGAGACUUUUGCGCUCACAGAAGAAACUGUAGUUUCUGCAGCGCCUACUCCAGCAAGGCUAACUGCGUGCUUCCAUGGACGCCGGCUAACGCGAGGGAAGCGGACUCGAGCUAUCGCAGCUGGAGGCGACACUUCGGCGGCAGUGGACGAGGAUGGCGCAAUAUGGGUCUGGGGCAGCAACGCAAACGGCCUGCUCGGACGCCCUCUCGACCAAAAAGAGCACUUUUUGCCGCACAAGUUGACCGUAGACGGGAAGGCGGUCAGCGCAUGCAUUUCGCCUGACGGCAGGCGCCUCGCCGUGUGUACAGACACCGGCGAACUGUGGAUGUGGGGUCGGGAGUCUCUCGGUUCCCUGGGGAGAUCCGCAGCGGCGCCUUACUGGAUUGCAUCUCCUCCCGACAAGGAGAUUCUUCACCCCAAGCCGGAGACUGUGCCUCUUCUCAACGGGUAUUUCGUGACCGCCGUUUCGCUCGGUGUGCACCACACGCUGGUCUUGUCGGGAGACCCCGAGAGGAACGCCUUGUACGUUCGGCCUCCCUCCGGGAUUCCAGAGGACCCUCCGGAGUUGCCGCGACGCCCGCUCGUUGACGUUCUCUCUUCACCGCUCUUCGAGGAACUCCCGAACGCGCCGCGCCCUUCGCAGCCGCAGCAGGAGACGCAAGAAGACUCGCCGGGUCACAGAACUCGCCGAGGUCCCGUUGUCUUCAAGAACGUGAAAGGCACAACGCAUAUCGCGUUCCCCCAGGACUUGGACGCCGCAAACUUGUCUCCGGGACCUCUGACGAAGACGCAUGCAGCCCCAACCUCUGAAUUUCUCCAGAGAUUCAACACUGAGCCCCCCGCGCGUCCGUCGCCGGCGUCCGCGCGGCCCAGUCGCCCUGAAAAGUGACCAAUGGGCUGACAAGUCAGUUCACCUCAGCAGGAACAGGCCGGCGUUGGUUCUUUGCUUCGUUUUCCCGACCUACGCGCUUCAAAGCAGACAUGCGCCCCCGUGGCGGCUGAAGACGAAGUUCAUGGUUUUCUGUCUCUCCUCAUUGGAGACCCAGUGAGCAUCCCUGGGGCUAAAGAGUGUCGGCCAGAGUCGCCAGUGGGUCUUCGGGACCUCAUAGUCAACGUUGGGGGUUUGGUAGCCGAGGCCGUCCACAGGGUCAGACAUCCUACCGAAGUGUAGUGUCUUUUUCCCGGAAGUGGAGGAAUGGCAACAACGUUUUACGUGAGGCGCAGUGAGGCAACGAAAGGACUGACAGAGAGAGAGUCGCAGGUGCCUCCGCUGUUUUGCGGUGUCGAGUUCCCUGAACGAAGCGGAGCUCUUGAGACGGAGUCCAUGAGCAGGUCGAGAACGCCCAGCGGGCGGCCAUGUUGUUGGGGUUCUGUGGCACUGAGGACAUAUUUUCAUCAACGUCUCUCUGCUUGUGGCGACAGUUGCUUUCUUCCCCGGCAUUCAGGAAAAGAAUGGGCGCUGCAGAACGAACAUGUUUUUCUCCAGAAGCACAUCUUUACUCUCUGAAAAAAAAACUCUUCUCAGAAAGAAGUGGCGCUCCUCAGGAUUUCCGGAAGCUGGCUGCGGAGCGGUUGGGGCAUUGGGUCUGAGGGAAGCUACAGUUCAUUUUAGGUCUGUGCUGUAUCGUCGCCCUCGAUUUUGGAAAAGACUUACCAGAAAGCAGGUGCAGAAUGAAGGAAACGCUCGUCCAAACUACCCUGCAUGUAGCCGCCGCAUGCGGACGGCUUCUGGACUGCAAAG